GUCGAAACUGGACGCUGAUGUAAUUGUCGGAACCAGUUUUCCUGCUCAAAUCCGCUUCCAUGUCGUGGUUCAAGCGCAAGGAUCAAGGAUCUUCCCAUUCUAGUUGCGGUCACGCCCAAGCUCCCCCUGAAUGGACUCCCGCUCCCGAGAUCGUCCAUGCCCAUGGGCUCUACAAUGAAGCCCCCGAAGAGGAGUACGAAGCUGCCGAAGCAUUCUGCAUCACCCACCCCGUCGAGGCUCCCAGGUUGCUUCCUUCCGACGUUAUCGAGCGCAUUGAUGCCCAGGGGUGCUCAGCUUGGGGCAUACAGUGGCCCGCCUCACAACGUUUCGUGGGGCGCAUAGACAACGAUUCGAAGACCUCAGGAACGGUGAAGAUAUCCACCGAUGCCACUUGCAAAGGCACUUGCUUGCUGAGUGACCUGCCAAUCGCAGCGGGACUGUAUGAGAUCCAAGGCAAGGCUGGAGUCUAUUUUGAGGUCGCGAUCCAUCAAAUGGACGGCAUCAUUGCGUUAGGUACAUCGUGCAGACCUUAUCCAGAUUGGAGGUUCCCUGGCUGGAAUCGGCUGAGCGCCGCCCUUCAUCUGGACGAUUGUCGCAAGUUCUUCGAGGACCCAGAUGGCGGCCGAGAUUACACGGACAUAUUAAAGCGCGUAUCACCUGGUGACACAAUCGGGUGCGGGUACGAGUUCUCGACGCACAGCGUGUUCUUCACCUACAACGGGAUACGCCUGCCGAAUGCAUUCAGCGGCGUAUACCUGCCGAGGCAGAGUUAUGACGUCUACGCCGCUGUGGGCGUGGAGGGGCGCAACAGCCUCGAAGUCAACUUUGGCGGAUGCUUGUUUCGGUGGAAAGAGGGGAACGAGUGGGCGUGGCGGGUCGAGGGACAUGUCGGUCGUUUGGGUGCCACUUCUGGCGCUCCUGAUGAUGAACUGCCCUCCUAUGACGACGUCCGUCGCGGGAUGGCGUAGUCGAUGUUCUACCCUUCCGGUCGUCCAGGCCCUGCGUCGCGAAGAUAUUUCUCGUCGAGGACCUCCUGUUCUGACCCUGUCGCUAUUGGGUAUUCACAACUUGGGGGGCGUGACCGUCUAACUUAUAAUGGAACUUCAUAUAAAUGCGUUUUGUACUUGUAUGCUGUAGCAUUAUAUCCAGCCCUGCCAUCC